UCUUCCGGUCUUUGGUUACAAAAAAAAAAAAAACAAAGGUUUAUUUUUUUUCCCGACGCAACGGUGUUUUCAGGUUUUUUUUCUUUCUCUUCGGGUCAUUUGUGAAUGAGUACAGCUUUUAAGGGUUUAUGCCAAGGUUUAGCAAGAUUUCUAAUCAACCAGAAAAAAGAAAACGAGAUUUCGACGCAGUUCUCGAUUUCCACCAUGAAAAGAGCUUCGAUUUCUCUAAUCUCUCGCUUCAAUAUCCGCAAUUUCAGACCCAACUCCCCUCGUGUUCAACUAAACUACAUCUCCGAUGCAGUCUCUGCUUCCUCGCUUUCUCCCAUCUCCCCCAGUCGCGAAAUCACCACUUGCGGCAAAACCCAUGGUCUGAUCAUCAACAGGGGUGGGUUUCGGGAGAACCCAUGUCGGAAUUUGGACACCCUUGUCGAGAAACCGAGUCAGCUGUCGUCAAGGCAGAUGAAAAGGAAGGAAAAAGACGAUCUUGAGGAGGCGUUCGAGUCGGCGGAGACCACCGAUGAGAUGCUCAAACUGUUCAAAGAGAUGGAGUCGUCGUUCGAGGAGAAGGAGCUGGGCUUAGCUUCUCUGAAACUAGGGCUUCAGCUCGACCGCGAUGGUGAGGACCCCGAAAAGGUUCUGACUUAUGCCCAUAAAGCCCUUAAAUCUUUCUGCGAGGACGAUAAACCUUCUCUGCUUAUGGCCAUGGCGUUGCAAUUGAUAGGUUCCGCUAAUUAUGGCUUGAAACGGUUUAGUGAUAGUUUAGGAUAUCUUAACAAAGCAAAUCGGAUUCUGAGUAGAUUGGAGGCAGAGGGUGAUAGUGUAGAAGACUUAAAGCCUGUGCUCCACGCGGUACAGCUCGAGCUGGCGAAUGUUAAGAACGCCAUGGGAAGACGAGAGGAAGCUCUUGAGAAUCUCAAGAAGUGUCUGGAGAUAAAGGAGGUGACUUUGGAAGAAGAUAGUAGGGAAUUGGGUGUGGCUAAUAGGAAUCUGGCUGAAGCCUAUGUCGCGGUUUUGAAUUUCAACGAGGCGUUGCCAUAUGCGUUGAAGGCAUUGGAGAUACACAGGAAGGCAUUGGGUAAUAACUCGGCCGAGGUUGCUCACGACAGGAGAAUUCUCGGCGUGAUCUAUACCGGGUUAGAGCAGCAUGACAAGGCACUGGAACAGAACGAGCUGUCUCAGAGGGUGUUGAAGAACUGGGGAUUGAACUCGGAGUUGCUCCGUGCAGAGAUCGAUGCUGCAAAUAUGCAAAUUGCAUUGGGCAAAUACGAAGAGGCCAUCGAUACGUUAAAGGGCAUGGUCCAACAAACAGAAAAGGAGAGCGAGACCCGAGCUAUGGUGUUCAUAUCCAUGGCAAAGGCAUUGGGAAAUCAAGAGAAGCAGGCUGAUUCAAAGAAGUGUUUGGAAAUUGCUUGCGGGAUUCUCGAGAAGAAGGAAACCGUAUCCCCCGUGGAAGUUGCGGAGGCAUACUCCGAGGUAGCAAUGCAGUACGAGUCAAUGAAUGAAUUCGAGACCGCAAUUUCGUUACUAAAGAAGACAUUGGGCAUACUAGAGAACCUCGCUCAAGAACAGCACUCUGAGGGAAGCGUCUCCGCGAGGCUCGGGUGGUUGCUUCUCUUUACGGGUAACGUCUCUCAGGCAGUUCAGUAUCUGGAGAAUGCAGCCGAGAGGCUGAAGGAAAGCUUCGGGUCCAAACACUUUGGAGUUGGAUAUGUUUAUAACAAUUUAGGAGCAGCUUACUUAGAGCUCGGAAGGCCGCAAUCUGCAGCUCAGAUGUUUGCAGUUGCCAAGGACAUCAUGGAUGUAGCCCUUGGUCCAAACCAUGCAGAUUCAAUCGAUGCAUGCCAGAAUCUGUCCAAAGCUUAUGGAUCCAUGGGAAACUAUGGACUUGCAAUAGAGUUCCAACAGAGAGUUAUCGAUGCAUGGGACAACCACGGAGACGGGGCAAUAGAUGAACUGAAAGAAGCGAAAAGACUACUCGAGGAACUGCGGUUGAAGGCCCGAGGUGCUGCCGUAAAUCAUCUCCCGUCAAAGGCAUUGCCUUUGCCCAACAAAACCAAGCUUCCGCACUGAGCUUCCUUACCUGAAGAUCUCACCAAGAACAAAAUCAAAGCGGUACCCUUUCUAUACCUCAUAUCGUAAACUCUUUAGUUUCCUUGAUUCAGAAUCUUCUGCUAGCUUCUUUGAACUGAACUCUGCUCGCCGGAUGAUCUGAUUCUUGUGAAAAAGCUCUCUGUUCUUAAUCACGCGAUCUUGGUUGUUCUUGCUUUGCUAAGAGGGUUCACGUUCUUGCCUUCUUUUAGUUGCAGCUUUGUCUCAUAACCAAACUCUGAAUAUGUUGAAGCAUGUUCCUGAUUGGACAUGAAUGAUGUCUUUCUAACCAAAUAGAGCAAAUUAUUUCA